AAUUUUACUUCGUUGCCACAUUAAACAACAAAGAGUAAUAACCAACCAACCAACCAACAACAUCCAAAAAUGUCUUGGGGAAAUAAGCCAACUGGCGGCAACUUUCGCAGCGGCGGUGGAAGAGAGAACGGCUAUUCGAAUGGCGGUUCGAGAUUUGGCGGCGGUCAGCGUGACGGCGGCAAGUUUGGUGGAAGUAAAUUUGGCAGCGGCAAUCGUAAAACAAAUGGAAUGGGUCUCCGCAAACCUGUGUGGAACACCAUGACUCUGCGCCCAUUCAAAAAGGACUUUUAUGUACCACACCCUGCGGUCGCCAAUCGUUCUACAUACGAAGUAGAACAAUUCAGAAAUUCUAAAGAAAUCACUAUUGAAGGUGAAGUGCCCAACCCAAUCCAGAAUUUCAAUGAGGCAAACUUCCCUGACUAUGUUAUGAAUGAAAUCCGCAAUCAGGGUUAUGAAGCCCCAACGUCAAUUCAAGCUCAGGGCUGGCCAAUUGCCCUGAGUGGCCAUGAUAUGGUUGGAAUUGCACAAACUGGCUCUGGUAAAACACUUGCCUACACUCUUCCAGCUAUUGUACAUAUCAACAAUCAACCACCAAUCAACAAAGGGGAAGGACCCAUUGUGUUGAUUCUUGCUCCUACUCGCGAGUUGGCUCAACAAAUUCAACAAGUAGCCAGGGACUUUGGCAGGGCUUCAUAUAUUCGUAACACAUGCAUAUUUGGAGGUGCCCCCAAGGGACCCCAGGCUAGAGAUUUGGAAAGAGGAGUGGAAAUCUGCAUUGCUACUCCAGGAAGAUUGAUUGAUUUCCUAGAAAAAGGAACAACUAAUUUGGAACGUUGCACAUACUUAGUCUUAGAUGAAGCCGACAGAAUGUUGGAUAUGGGAUUUGAGCCUCAAAUCCGCAAAAUCAUUGAACAAAUCAGACCCGACAGGCAAACUCUGAUGUGGUCUGCUACUUGGCCCAAAGAAGUCCGCAAACUUGCCCAAGAUUUCCUGACCAAUUAUGUACAAAUCAAUGUUGGAUCUCUUCAGCUCUCUGCUAACCACAACAUCCUCCAGAUUGUAGAUGUUUGCCAGGAACACGAAAAGGAGAACAAAUUAGGUCAGCUGUUACAAGAAAUUGGCAAUAGUUCCCAACAAGGUGAAAAGAUAAUCAUUUUUGUGGAAACCAAAAAGAAGGUAGAAAAUAUCACACGUGGCAUUAGAAGGUUUGGUUGGCCUGCAGUUUGUAUGCAUGGUGACAAGAGCCAGCAAGAACGUGACUAUGUCCUACGGGAGUUCAGAAAUGGGAAAUCGAGCAUUUUAGUUGCCACUGAUGUAGCUGCCAGAGGACUAGAUGUGGAAGGAAUUAAAUACGUUAUCAACUAUGAUUAUCCAAAUUCGUCGGAAGAUUACAUCCACAGAAUUGGUAGAACUGGUCGUUCAGACACGACCGGAACUUCCUAUGCCUUCUUCACCCCAUCAAACUCCAAACAAGCUAGAGAUUUAGUAUCUGUCCUUAAGGAGGCAAAUCAGGUUGUAAAUCCAAAAUUAGCAGAAAUGGCCAGCAGGGUUGGUAGUUUUGGAGGAAAAUCUGGUGGAAGAUGGGGAUAUGGAGGAGGCUUCAGAGGAAGAGAGAACAGUGGACCAAGAGCACAUAAAAGAUUUGACAAUAAAUCACAGAAUGGAUAUGGAAGGAGAGAUAAUGGUUAUUAGAUUCAUCACCCAAACCAUUACCUUUGGUACCAAGUACAAACCAAUGUCUCAGUAUUAUUUAUUCAUUUUUAAACUAGACUAGAUGGAGAAUUCUAUGCACUUGAAUGUGUUUCGUGUAUACAGACGUAUACAAUUUCAAUGUUCCAAGUAUUCUGUGACUCAUAAUUUAUUAAUGUAUGUAAAACAUAUUUUAAUAACUGUGAUAGAACGUAGAUUUUAUUUUCUCUGGGAUAUCUGUUCAAUUGAAAAACAAAAAAAUAAAACAAUUUUAUACUAUA